AUGCAUUUUAGAGAGUUUACUACAAGCGCCAAGAGACUAACAAAGCGUCCUGACGUUAUUGAGAAGACUAGGAUUUUUACAGAAAUGAUCCAGAAUAGCGAAGAUGAUUACUCCUUAAAGAGCGAAAUUGUGAGAAAGACUAAUAAAUAUCUUCAGUUGAAGAACAAAAUGGGAGAGUUCACCACACCCCAACUGAAGAUAGACGCUUGGAAUGUCAAUGGAAUCAGGGCAGGAAUCCGGAAAAAGACCUUACAAAAAUACUUUGAAGAAUCAGAUCCUGAUAUUGUUUGAUUCAAUGAGACGAAAAUUUGAGAAAAUAAGAUCAAAGAGUUCAAAUUAGACCCCGUUAUUAGUGACAAAUACAUCUCUUUUUACAACUGAUGCAAAUCUCCUCAUGCAGGAUACUCAGGAACAGCUAUUUUCUCCAAGUUUUACCCUAAGAAAGUAUAUUAUGGUCUUGGAACACCAGAGAAUGAUGCUGAAGGAAGAAUCCUCACCUGUGGUAAUUAAUCCCUCUAUCAGUCCAUGAACUUUACAUAGAGUUUGAAGACUUUUUCGUGGGAUCAGUUUACACUCCAAACUCAAUGGAAGACUGUAGAAGGCUCGAAUACAGGAUCUUCGAAUGGGACAACGCAUUCAGGAAAUAUUGUCAAGAGGUAGUCUUGCUCUAAGAUUAAAUUCUGUAGCUCAAGAAUACGGGAAAACUAGUCUUUCUUGCAGGAGAUUUCAAUGUGUGCCAUGAGCCAAUAGAUAUUCAUAACCCUAAGAUCAGCGAGGGAUCUCCUGGAUAUACUUUUAUAGAAAGGAGUUCAUUCACCAAGACUCUAAAAGAGCUCAGAAUGGUCGAUACAUUCAGAUUAAUGAACCCAGAAGUUCCUAAUUUUACAUGGUGGAGUAGCAGAGGCAAAGAAAUGCGUAAAAGAAACCUAGGUAGGAGAUAUGACUACAUCCUUGUUGAAAAAGAGAUUUCUGCCUUUUCAGGAAGUAAGAUCAUGAAAACAAAUUUUAGUAAAACAAGCAAAUAUUCUGAACGAUAUAUUUGGGAGUGACCACUGUCCUAUCUCCUGCACUAUCAGCACAGAGGCAAUGCAAAGAGUUUUAUCAAACAGAAGAAUAGUUAAUUACUAAAAUUACAAAAAAUCAAAAU